UUAAAUCAGAUUCCCCUCCCUUUUCUCCCGUUGAAGUUGUAGAAAGAGAAAUUAAGGAGUAGCUGUAGAGAAUUCCCUACGCGAGAAAAAAUCAGUUUAGUACAGAAGCUGCUCUGAUUUGCAACGGUAAUCAGGUUGAGGCCUGAUAGAGACCAAAUGUCAGUGACGCUUCACACAAAUUUGGGCGACAUCAAGUGCGAAAUCUUCUGCGACGAGGUCCCCAAGACCGCUGAAAACUUUUUGGCACUAUGUGCUAGUGGCUAUUACGAUGGAACCAUAUUCCAUCGGAAUAUUAAGGGUUUCAUGAUACAAGGUGGUGAUCCAACUAAUACCGGCAAAGGUGGGACAAGCAUAUGGGGUAAAAAGUUCAAUGAUGAGAUUAGAGAAUCUCUCAAGCACAAUGCCAGAGGUAUAUUAUCCAUGGCAAAUAGUGGGCCCAAUACUAACGGAAGCCAGUUUUUCAUUACUUACGGCAAACAACCUCAUCUUAAUGGGCUCUACACCAUCUUCGGCAAAGUCAUACAUGGGUUUGAAAUUCUUGAUAUAAUGGAAAAGGCACAAACAGGACCAGGGGAUCGACCUCUUAUGGAAAUCAGGAUCAAUCGCAUAACAAUACAUGCUAACCCACUUGCUGGUUAAAUUGCGGAAACAGUACAAAGUUGAGCUCCGUUCAGCAGAGCUUGACGGGCUGUAUAAGUAUACACUUGUCUUCUACAUUCUGGUGGUUGUGAAGCGUACUAGGAGAAAACUAAAACGUUCUAUAGUCUUCAGUUUGAACAAGAGAAGCUCAAUGUUUUGGCUGCAGUUUCAGAAUGUUUAUAUUUAUACUUGCAGCCUUUGCUGUUGGAUGUGCUUGGCAAACGAUUUUGAACUUGAGCUUGAGGAUCCAGUUCCUGAUGUCAUCAUCAGUUGCAGGAAAAUUUGUGACGUUCAUAUUUGUAUUGAGUACGAAUGUUACAGGUGUAGCAGGGUUUAUUUAGUACCAGAAUUAUUGACAGAUAUGUCAGUGGGCAGAUUUCACGGACCAUGAUCUUUAAGGUGCAAGGAGGACCAUGUUUAGAUAAUUGUAUGGUCUCAUCGUGAAUUGAGACAUCCUACUAAAUCAUCUGUUGAGAUAAAAAUCAAGCGAAUUGCCAGAUAGCUUACGUUUGAGCCAGGCUGUUUAAAAGCCUACUCCUGUCUCUGCUAAACAACACAAAGACUCUCUGAGCUUUGUUAUAUUGUUAUUGAUUCGACAUUAUUUUCUCUA